AAGGACUUUGGACUUCCUGGUUGGAUGCAAAAUGGAGAGACGUCUGUUGUAGGCUACAUGAAACAUUUUAAAUACGGUAUAAGCCUUAGUAAGAAUGCCAUCACGAGUCACUGAUACACUAAUAGGAUAAAUAUGAGCUUCUCGACACGGAGAAACCAUUCAGGUGAAGCAGCAAAUUUCUGAGCAAAGUAUUUCAUUAGUCUGAACCUACAGUAGGAGAUCAAGAUGGCAAGUGCGAGCAACCAUGAGUUUAAACUGCUUUGUCCACAUGGUGCACAGCCUCAGCCUGGCUCUCUGGUCACUUUCUCCUGCCACCUGUCUCCUGAAAUCAAUGCUGUUGACAUGGAGAUCCGGUGGUUUAAGGAGACACGCUGUGUUUGUUUCUAUAAGAACAGACAGGUGAUAGAGGGGAGAGGUUACAAGGGCAGAGUGAGUCUGUUCACUCAGGAACUGGAGAGAGGAAACGUCUCCUUACAGCUGAAAGACUGUACAGAGUCAGAUUUAGGACAUUACCUCUGUCAGGUCACUGAUGGAGACAGAACAGAAGAGCUUGCAUUGGGAUUUCUAAUGAAUAUGGAUGCAGAUUCUCCACAAGUAUCUGUCUAUAUCUGUCAGUUUGAUAGAGAAUGGACAGAAGAGGAAAAAAUUAAAAUGGAGGAAUCUGCUCUGUUGGCUAAAUAUAAAACAGAGAAUGAAAGACUUAGUGAUGACCUUAAAGAGAAGAGCAGCAAACUGGAGAAAACCGAAGAAGAACUAAGAACCACCAAGCUGAACCUAAACAGCAUGACUAAAUCACUAGAAAAUAUAGACCAACAGCUUGUGGAGAAGGAUAAAGAAUUAAAUAAGAAAAAUGAACAGCUGAAGGUUAAAGACACAGAGCUGAAAGAGAAAGACACACUGCUAAAAGAACAUUUACAGACUUAUGAGAAGACUCUUACUGAGAGCGAUGCAGUAAUAAUGGAAAUGAGCAAACUGCUGAGUGAGAAAGAUACACAACUGGAGAACACUGUAAAAGAGCUGGAAACCAGUAAAAAUCAACAGGAGACUUUGGGACAGGAGCUGCAGCACAAGAACAGCCAACUACAAGAGCAGAUGAUAAAACUGGACCAAGAGAAAACUGAGUUAGGAGAAAAAAUACAACAGUUAGCAGAGAAAAAUAAUCUCCUAACUGAGAGAGAGACACAGCUAAUGGAAAGAGACAAGCAGCUUCAGGAGAAAGACAAACUUCUGACAGAAAAUGCACAAACACUUCAGAGUAAGGACAAGUAUUUGGAAGAAAAGGACACUGAACUCAGAGAGGUAAACGGUGAGUUGCAGAAAACAGCCCAGAAAUUAAAAGAGAAUCAGAAACAGAUGGAAGAGAAAGAGAGACAACUGGGGGACACAGAUAAAGAGCUGGAAACCAAUAAAAAUCAACUGGAGACUUUGGGACAGGAGCUGCAGGACAAGAACAGGCAACUAGAGGAGAUGAUGAAUCUACUGGAGCAACAGAAAACUGAGUUAGCAGAAAAAGACAAACAACUUGAAGAGAAGACACAGCUAAUGGAAAGAGACAAGCAGCUUCAGGGGAAAGAAAAGAAAAUUACACAUCCAGACUCUUCAGCCCAUGUCAAGAAAAGAAACAGCAUUGACGGGUUGCCUCCAUACAUGGGUGGAGAAUCAUCUGCUCCAGAUCCUCCAUUGUCGGUUGCUGUACCAGAACUGAGGCUGGUACUGCUCGGGAGGAUGGGUUCUGGGAAAAGUGCAGCAAGAAACACCAUCCUGGGCAGUGAGAAGACCCAUGUAGCUAAAUCUGCAGCCAUCCAGCAGAGUGAAAGCACACAGGGGGAGGUGGCUGGCAGGAAGGUGACUGUGGUGGACACUCCUGACUGGUUCUUAUCUGCACACUCUCUGGAGAAGCUGAGACAGGAUGUGGAACUCUGUGUCCGUCUGUCUGCUCCAGGACCCCAUGCCUUCCUCCUGGUCAUACCUGUAAAGCAGCCUACAGGAGAGGAGAGAGGGAUGCUGGAGAAAAUGGAGGAGAUUUUGGGGGAGAGAUGUUGGAGAAACACCAUGAUUAUUUUCACUGUUACUGCUGAAGUUCAGAAGAAGAAUAUUGAGGAGUUUAUCCAAUCAAGAGACCAGGAGGUCCAGAGACUUGUAGAGAAUUGUGGGAACAGGUUUCACUGUCUCAAUAUUAAGGAGAGUGGAGAUGGUUCUCAGGUCUCAGAGCUGCUGGAGAAGAUAGAGAAGAUGGUUGAAGGAAGCAGAGAGAAAUUCUACAGCAGUGAGAUUUAUCUGGAGAUAGAAUCUCAGAUUAGAGCAAUGGAGACAAAGAUCCUGAAGGAAAGGGAGGAGAAAAAAAUAAGCGAAGAGAGAGAAAUGAGGGAAAAACUGGAAAAGAAAGUGCAGGACUCUCUAAGAAAGAUAGAAGGAGUGAUCCAGGAGCAUGAAGGAGACAUCAUACAACUUGAUAACCGGACAACUGAACUGGAGAGAAAGAUGAAAGAGGAGAGGGACGAAGAAAAAAAGAGAGAACUUGAGAAGGAGCUGAAACAAGAGGUAGAGCAAAGGACAGAAAUGGAAAAAAAGGUGAAAAAAUUAAAAGAAAAGAGAGAGAGGGACAGGAGAGAGAUGGAGGAGAGGCACCAACAGGAGAUGGAGGCAAUCAGGGACGUGUAUGAAGGAGAGGUCAGAAUGGAGGCAGAGAGAAACAUAAUGAAAAUCAUCCUGCCUGAACUCCAGAGAAACAUUUUGGCCUCAAAAACAAAGAUGCAGGAAGAGUUCAGCAGACAGAUGGAGGAGAAGGACAGAGAGCUGGAGACUCUUAAACAGAAACUUUCAGAGCUCACAGAGACUCACAGUCUGCUCGAAGAGGUUUAUGAGAAAACUGUGAGAAGCAGCUCAGAACCAGAGAGAGCAGCUCUAACAGGAGAGGCAUCGAAGGGAAUCUCUCAGAGAUUUAAAGACCUUUUUAAGGAAGAUGUGAUAAAUCUAAUUGUGUGUGUGUGUGUGUGUGUGUGUUACUUUUGUCUUUUGCACACAGCUGAGUUUAAACUCCUUUCCUCCCAAGACAAACGAGUUCAACUUGGCUGUGCUGUCACAUUCUCAUGUCAUCUUUUUCCUGAAAUCAGUGCUGUUGACAUGGAGAUCCGGUGGUUUAAGGGGACAGACUGUGUUUGUGUCUAUAAGAACAGACAGGUGACAGAGGGGAGAGGCUACAAGGGCAGAGUGAGUUUAUUCACUCAGGAGCUGGACAAAGGAAACAUCUCCUUACAGCUGAGAGAGAGCCGUGAAUCAGAUAUAGGACAUUACCUGUGUCAGGUGACUGAUGGAGAAAGAACAGGGAUGCUUACAGUAAGACUGUGGUGGCGUCCUUUUCAAACCAUAAGCAGACUCUUUCAGUGUGGUGUCAUUCCCUAUGUUAACAUCCAGCAGUGGGGAAGAAAAUGGACAGAAGAGGAGAAAAUGAAAAUGGAAGAGUCUUCUCUGCUGACUGAAUAUAAUACAGAUGUUAAAAGCAUCAUGAAGGAACUUCUAAAGAAGCACAGCGCACUAGAGAAAACUGAGCAACAGUUGAAAAACACCAGGCUGGACUUAAAAAGAGCAACAGGAGAACUGGAAGAUAGUACAGAUCCAGACUCCUCAGGCUCUUUGUCAAAAUUGGAGCCUCCAGUCAUGGGUGGAGCAUCAUCAAGUUCAGAUUCUUCACAAUUGAGGCUGGUGUUGCUGGGGAGGACGGGGUCUGGAAAAAGUGCAGCAGGAAACACCAUCCUGGGCAGAGAGGAGAGGAACCAGGAUGUCUCAACUGCAGCUACAUCUAUAGCCACCCAGCAGAGUGAGAGCACACAGGGGGAGGUGGCUGGCAGGAAGGUGACUGUGGUGGACACUCCUGACUGGUUCUCUCCUGGAAUCCCUCUGGAGAAAGUGAGGCAGGAUGUGGGACUCUGUGUCCGUCUGUCUGCUCCGGGACCCCACGCCUUCCUCCUGGUCAUACCUGUAAAGCAGCCUACAGGAGAGGAGAGAGGGAUGCUGGAGAAAAUGGAGGACAUUUUUGGAGAGGGAUGUUGGGAGACCACCUUCCUGCUGUUCACUGUUUCUGAUGAAGUUCAGAAGAAGAGCAUUGCGGAGUUUAUCCAAUCAGGAGACCAGGAGGUCCAGAGACUUGUAGAGAAAUGUGGGAACAGGUUUCACUGUCUCAACAUUAAGGAGAGUGGAGAUGGUUCUCAGGUCUCAGAGCUGCUGGAGAAGAUAGAGAAGAUGGUAGUGCAAAAUGAAGGGAGAUUCCACAGUGAGAUCUACCUGGAUACAGAAUCUGAGAUUGAAAAAAUUAUGAUGUGGGCUAAAGGAAAGAAGAUAGCAAAAGAAGUAAGGGAAAUGGAAGUGAAACUAGAGCAGGAGGUCCAGAAUUCUCUGAAAAAGAUAGAAGGAAUGAUCCAGGAGCAUGAAAAAGAUAUCACACAGCUGAACAGUCAAAUAGAAGAACUGGAAGGAAAAAUUAAAGAAGAAAUGGAUGAAGUGAAAAAAGAGAAACUGAAAAGAGAAAUGGAAGGAGAAAUGCAUAAGAGGACAAAGAUUGAGAAUGUAAUUAUAAUACUGAAUGAAAAGAUAGAGUGGGAGAGGAUAGAGAUGGAGGAGAGACUCAGACAAAAGGUAGAGGAAAUCAGGAAGGCCUAUGAAGGAGAGGCUAGAAUGGAGGAAGAGAGAAACCUUAUGAAGAUUAUGCUUCCCAAAAUCCAGAAAGAUAUUUUGAUCUCGAAAGCAAAGAUGGAGGAAGAUUUCAGAGCACAGAUCGAAGAGAAGGAUAGAGAGCUGGAGUUACUGAAACAGGCCCUGAUACAGCUUAGAGAAGAGACAAAAGAAUCCAUAUUGGGAAAAGAGGCUCAAGAAGAGCCUGGAGAAAUUGUCUCCCAAAAUAAGUGUAGAAAACGUGGUGGGAGUAUAUGAUUACUGAUAAUUUCCCUUUUGUUUUUACACACAGUGAUAAGUUUUACAAUGCAAAUCUAUGUUUAAAUCUGACACAUUUGCUGGAGAGAAGACGAUCUACUUUUGACUGUUGGAAACCCGCCUUAUACGAAAGUGGUGGAAAUGAUUUUUGUUGGAUUCAGUAGGAAUUACUUGAGAAAAGCAGUUAGUACAGUUGCUAGACCUAACCCUCAUUUUAUCCUUAACUAUUAGUAACUUUUCCUGUUGUUUAUGAUUAUCAAUUCUAAUUUAGUGUAGUUACACCAUGCUUGUCUGUAAUGCUGCGUAACCGUGCAUCAAUGGGAGUCUAAUAAAUGU